GUUGUUCACUCAGAUAGACAUUUCAACACAAUCAGUCAGACUAUAAUGUACAAAAUUUUAAAGUCGGAUUGUUGAAGAUGUUCUGCACGGAGAGCUGUGAGCAUGGCUGCAAUGCACCAACUUCGGGAAAACUAAUUUCCGGAAAUGGUGCUCCAUCCCAGACCCAGCAGCUAGGCCAGCAGCAAUUCAGCAUGUGCUAUGCUCCACUGUCGAUGCAGCCGCAGGAGCUGGGUGCCAAGUGCGAGACGGAGCCGCCCAGGGUGGGAAUGUGCCUGGUCACCGAAGGACCCGAGGGUCUCAGCAUUGACUGCAAUGUGCCCUUGCCCAACUCAUUCAAUUUGGACGAAUACAGGAAGCAAAUGGUCUGCUCCUGUGGUCCGUCAGUGAAUGGUAAUGGCUACAUUGAUGGCUUCUGUCUACCGCCGCCACCAGCAACUGCUGCUCUCAACUCUAUCCAAAAUCCGGCCUGCAGUUUCCAGUGUCAGUGUUGUCCCGUCGAAGCAGCCUCUUCCUCGGGAUUCGAUACGCGAUCGAUGCAGGCCACAACAGCUCCAGUUUUAGGAGCGUGUUCCCUGCCCAGUCUUCCGGCGAGGACUUCCAGACCAGAGCAGACGAUGACGGUGACCCAGAAGGCGCCAGAAUCAGCCGUAGGGCAGCAGAUCUUUUAUUUGGCUGCCCCUUCCUCAUCCACACUUGAUACAGAAGGCAGUUGCUAUCCGCCAGACCAGUUACCUGCUUACCUAUAUAGCAUGAUUCCGGUGCAGUGUAUGUCCCCCAUCUGGAGUCCGCAGGGCAUCAGCCUGGUGCCAGUGGGUCUGCCAGUGCCCCAGCCGCAGCUUCUGCCGCAGCAGCAGCUUGUGACGAAUCCUGUACAGAAUUCGCAGCUGCCGUCGCAGCAGAUGGUGCGCUACGACAUAUCCCUUCCCCGCCUGUUGGCGGAGCUCCGACAAGAGCGGGGCAGACCCUGUUGCGAGUCCUCGACUCCGGCUCCCCUGUCCUUCCAGCUGUAUGCACCCGCUCACGCGGUGGCGAUCUACGACCCGCCAGUCGCCGCUGUUAAUCCAAGUGUGGUCAAGAGGGACGUUCCUGCUGCAACUCCUUCACCCGAUGCGAUGUCAAUUCCCACUGCCUCGCUAUCACCAUCCUCAUCACCGCCAGGCCCAUCGCCAUCGGCACCAGACCCCACCCGAUCGGCCAAGGCCCAGUCGGAUAACCCGAAGUGCAGCCGUUCCUGCCAGCGCAGCAAAGAUCAGUGGGACAGCAGUGGAGCUGGAAACGUGUGCAUGAAAUGUGGCAAUUGCUGGCACUGCCCCCGAUGCAGUUGCUCCAACUGCUUCUGGCAUCCCGGCCUGGUGCGUGCCCCACCAAGGGAUAGUAGAUAGUAUCGGCAAAUAUCAAAUCUUGGGAGUACAUAUAGAACAACAACAAAGUUUUAA